AUGCCUUCCACUAGUAGAACAUCAGUUUCUACAGCAAUGACUACUGCAGAAAAGCUUGGAAAGUUUAUUUGUAUUGACUUCAAACGUUGGCAGCAGAAGAUGUUCUUCUAUCUCACUACAUUCAGUCUACAACGGUUUACAAAUGAAGAUGCUUCUGUGGUAGAGGAAGAAACUCCUGACAAUGAAAAGUUUAUUGUGAUUGAGGCAUGUACACAUUCUGAUUUUCUUUGCAACAACUACAUAUUCAAUGGAUUGGAAGAUGACUUGUAUAACGUCUUCAGUGUUUGUAAAACCUCUAAAGAACUCUGGUAUGCUAUUGAGAAGAAAUACAAAACUGAAGAUGCAAGCUUAAAGAAGUUUGUGGCUGCAAAAUUUUUAGACUAUAAGAUGGUUGAUAGCAAGACUAUGAUGUUUCAAGUCCAAGAACUACAAGUCAUUAUUCAUGAUCUCCUGACAGAAGGUAUGAUCAUAAAUGGAACAUUUCAAGUAGCGACAUUAAUUGAGAAAUUACCUCCUUCAUGGAAAGACUUCAAAAAUUAUUUGAAGCACAAGCUAAAGGAGAUGACUCUUGAAGACUUGAUUGUUCAUCGUAGGAUUGAGAAAGAUAAUAAGGCUGCCAAAAAGAAGGCCAGAGGAAACUCAACAAUUAUGGGAGCAAAUAUUGUUGAGUAUGGUCCAAAUAAAUCAAAAAAGAGGAAGAAACCUUUUGGACCGAAUAACUAUCCCAGUAAAAAGAAGUUCAAAGGAGACUGCCACUAG